AUUUUCUCCUAACAUGGCGUCCGUCUGUUGAUUAUUUAUGAAAAGAGCUCUUUCAAUAUAAAUAUAGUGUAGAUCUAAUAGCUUUAUAGUUUCUCGAUCUAAUUUUAAAGAUUAAACAAUAUAAUCUUUUAAAAAUUUAAGUAAAGCACCUGACUUAUCAAGAUGACAACAGCUGCUAGACCAACAUGGGAUACAGCCAAAGGAGGCCGUGGUAAAGGAGAGGGUGAUCUUAGUGUUCUCUCAAAACAAUAUUCAAGUAGAGAUCUUCCAUCCCACACCAAAUCAAAAUACAGACAAGAAGGUCAAGGCACACAAGAAGAACUUAGAAAUCGUGACUUUCGUCGUGAAUUAGAGGAAAGAGAAAGAUCUUCACGGGAGAAGCGGGACAGAGGAAGAGAUUCUGGUAGCAGCAGUAGUAAAAGACCAAGAAUUGAACAGAUACCAGCAGCUAACCUUGAUGCAGAUGACCCUGUUGAUGAUGAUGAAGAUGAAGAGGAUUCUGAUGAUGAAGAUGACACAGCUGAAUUAUUAGCAGAGCUACAAAGAAUAAAGAAAGAGAGAAUAGAAGAAAAAGCAAAAAUGGCAACUGAAAGAAAAGCAGAAGAAGAAAGGAUUCGAACUGAAAAUAUUCUCAUGGGUAACCCAUUAAUGCAGCCAGAAAAGCAAUCAGCCACAGACUUUAAGGUUAAAAGGAGAUGGGAUGAUGAUGUUGUUUUCAAGAACUGUGCCAAAGGUGAUGAAACAAGAACUUCAAGGGGUUUUAUAAACGACACAUUACGUUCAGAAUUUCAUAAAAAGUUUAUGGAGAAAUAUGUAAAAUAGCACUUUAAGUUUUGCUUUUGAUUACAGUCAAUAAAAUGUAUUAUGAAAUAUAUUCAUUUUUGUAUAUUAUUAUAUGGGAUUAUAUAGGAUUCAGACAAAAAAAGGCAGACAAACCAUAAGGCUGACAUUAGAAAGGCAGACUGGACAUAAGGCAGACAAGUUUUAUAAAACAACAAUCUAAAAUAAUAGACAUGCUUAGUAGUUAUUAAAAACAAUCAGUAGUGACCAAACUUCGCAAUAUUUAAGUGUUGACCUUUUGUGUUUAGGACACUCCUGUAAUCUCCAGUUUCUUGGACCAGAUUGUUCACAUUAUAAGGAUAGCAACUAACACUGUCUCUUCCCUUGGAUGUUCGACCUCUGUCUUUGUUCUUUGAUGGUACUCUAGAGGGGAGAUCUGUAGUGACCCAUAUUUUGUGAUAUUAGGAGUUUUAUGUUUGUCGCCCUUAUAGUCUGUUGGCAUUUUGCCCAGUGAGCCUUUUUACUUUCUCGUAUAUACGAAGUAUAAAGUCUUGUAAUCUUGCAAAAAAAAAAAAAUAGAGAUUUUUGCAAAUCUUGACAUUUUAGGGCUCCCCGAGUCGGAAAAACGUAGUUUUGCAAUCUUGCCCAUAUGUGUGUCUGUGUGUAAACACGAUAACUUAAGUACCGUUACAGCUAGUUUGAUGAAAUUUCAUAUAUAAGUAUUAUAUCAAAAUCGUAGAUCCGUAUCAAUUUUUUAAGCGAUUUCCGAUAACCGGAAGUUGAACUUUUCCUAUUUUGAAUUUUUCAAAAGCCUAUAACUUGAGUACUAUUUCAGAUAGAUAAAUGAAAUUUCACAAGUAAGUAAAAGUUCUAAUUCUCUGCCUUCUACCAAAUUUUGAGUAAUUUCCGUUGACCGGAAGUAGUAAUUUAUGCUAUUUCCGAUUUCUCAAAAAAAAACGCAUUUUAUUUGGCUUUCACUUGGUGUGCAAUUCUUUUUCAUACGAGAUUCUAUUCUAUUAUAAAAAGUUUAAGUAAUUAAAAAUGGAUUAAAAAUAUUGUCUGUCUCGAGUUGCCAUCCCCCGUAGUGUUAUAUUAGAAUAUUCGAGAAAGUUUAGGGGAGAUCACUCCUGGUUUAUUUAUGUCUGCCUUUUGUCCUACACCCGAUAAUAUUUAGCUUCUUUGAUCACAUUAUUAGUUAUAAACUUCUUGUGUAACAUAAAGUAUCCAUUUUCUAAAACAAUAAGUAUAAAUUAUGUGGGAAGGGAGGCUUCUUAGAUUAGUUUCAAUGAGAUUAGGUUUUUUUUUAAAUAUAAUUUACUUUUUUUAUUAUUUGUUAACUUUUACUUACAAUUUAUAAAUGAUUGUUCAUUCACAUGAAGUAAGUUCAAUUUUUAUUUAGUUAUUAUUAACCUCAUUGAAUUGCACUAGGACAAAUUUUUUUAAAGUAUUUGGUUUGUGCAAAAAAAGCAUAUCAUGUGUACAAACAAUAGUUUUACAGAAAAUGAACAAUAACUAGUUUCCGAUAAAAACCUUUUUUUUUAAUUCUUGAAUAUUAAGAGAAUUCAUAUGACUCCCUUCUUGAUCCUAUCUGUGAAAUAUUGCAAUCAAUUUUUGCCCAGUUCUACCAAAACAGUUAUUUCAUUUCUUUUGAAAUGUAUACAUGAUGUAUACAUGAUGACGAUUUGUGAAUCUAUAAAUAUUAAGGGUUAAUUUUGAUAUCAGUUGGUACAAAUUAUUUAUUUGAAGAUUUUUAGUCUUAUGAAGAUAUAUAGAUCAAACUAAUGAUCAGUUAGUUCUUGUUCAUUCACUUAUUCAUUAUUAAAACAACAAACAGGUUUAAAAUAAAAACAAAAUGAAUAAACUGUUUUUUAAAAAAAAAUUUUAAUAUUAUGCACCAAAAAAGUUGAAUAUAAAAAAUCUACAAAAUUUCUUCUAAUACACAAUGAAUUGUAUUGCUGAAAUAAAGGCAGUCACUAAUGGCAUUAAGAUUCAAGUUUUCAGGCUAUCCACUCUGAGCUAUAUAGGCCUACAUCUAUAUGGGUAAUUUCAGGUGGAAAAUGUGCUUAAAUUAAACAUUUAUAGUUCAUUAAUAAACAUGUAAACACAGUACUAAAUCAGUCAUGAUUGUUCACUUAUUUGCUUAAUUUUUAUCCAACUAUAUUCAUGUAACAUUCACCACCACAGAGUUCUUUAAAACAGCGCCACCCAUUCUACCUAUUAGUUCUUAACUAUGAACAAUUACAAUAUAAAAAAAUCUUAAUGAUAGUUACUUUAUAAUUUUGACUUGUAAAUUGAAAUGAAUAGUA